AUGGCUCCCAUCAAACGAAACUGGACAUUUUCACUCCAGAAUGCAUUUCAACACUUCCGGUGUUUUCACAGUAAGGCUUGGAUUUCUAAUUGGAGAUUACAAAAUAUCCUGACAUCCACAGAGCACAAACACCAAUCGAACAGUCUGAAGUAUCCACAAAUAGAAUUGGAUCAAUCCAUCGUUGGUGCUCGACGGUCACGAAAUCGUUUGGGGAUUAGCUCUUUAUUAGAUACGCGAACCUCUCAAAUCCAUAAUUGCGAAAAUGUAAGCUCAGCGCAACCAAAGGCUCUUUUUAUUCCUCGACCAAAGGUGCCAUCAAAUCAUCCAGACAGUGCUUUUACCGCUGAUUUGGCAAUACAAAAACCCUCCGUUAGAAUUAAUGCCAGAGAUCCAUCCUGGGCUGUAGAUUUUCAAUCUCCCCCUAGAUUCCAAAAUCACCAGUUGCCAAGCCCUGGUUCUCGCUUAGAUUUGGAGAAUUGCAGAAUUUUAAAUUUAGCUGAAAGACAAGCUGACAAAGCAAUGAACAUUGAAGUAAACAAGAUCCAAAGACAAACAGCUCUUCAGAGGAGAGAACGUGCUCUCCACGCAAAACAGAAAAAAGGCUCCAUAACAAAGGAAGCGAUGAUUUUGAAAGAAAUUUCCUGCACAAAAGAUGGCCUUGCACUUGCAAAAAGGGGAGACAAAAUGGCUUCACUGAAGGCAACGAUGGACGUCAUCCAGAAGGAAAUUUUAUCGAAAAAGAAAAGAUCCAUUACUUUAAUUUAUGUGGACUUGAGGAACAUUUCCCCGUGCGUCCAUCAAGAGCUUAUUUGUCCUUGUGACGAGAUUCUCUCGCAAGAAUUUCCUUCCAAUUUUCUCACGAAAUUUAACGAGAAUGGAUGUUCUCUGCCAGUUGUGGACGAAAAGCAGACUUUUUAUGGCAAUUCUUCCCCUAUUAAGCAUCUUUCUAAUGACGAAGACGACGACGAAGAAAUCGAUAGUGUAUAUUCUUUAUCUUCUAGCGAGGGUGACGGUGAUGAUGAUUCGAUCGACGAAAAACUGGAUCGAGACGAUGAGAUAUAUGUUGAAAAGCCGGUUUUAUCUCCAAAACUUAAAAGGAAACUGUCGCCCUCAAAAUCGAAGACCAAAGUUUCAGAAGACAUAGACAAAAUCUUUGAAGGUUGCAAUUUUGUUAGCUCCUCUUCUUCCCCUGCCACCGAUCCCGGGGAUAGUGAACGCCGCCGCCAACUUGUAGUUGACUUUUUUGAGGGAAAAAAGAGUAGCUUUUGA